GGCCAGUCGUUCUCCAGUGUUCAGGGCCAUGCUUGAAAAUGAGAUGGAGGAAAGCCUUAGUGGUACCAUCAAGAUCGGUGAUGUAUCAUAUGAUGCACUUCGUAUGUUUGUCAAUUAUUUGUACACUGCUGAAGCAUGCCUUGACGAGCAGAUGGCCUGUGACCUUUUAGUCUUGGCUGAAAAGUAUCAAGUGAAGCAUCUUAAGACCUAUUGUGAGAAGUUCAUGAUGUCUAAAUUGAACUGGGAGAAUUCACUUCCGAGCUAUGCCUUUGCUUAUCAGCACAAUGCCAAGAACUUGCUUGAUGCAGCUCUGUCACUGAUCAUGGACAACAUGGACAAGCUAAGUAAACGGGAGGAGUAUGCCGAACUUGUUGAAAAAGAUCCUCGACUUCUUGUAGAAAUUUAUGAAGCUUAUCUCUCCAAACAGGUUAAUACUGCUGCACGUAAAGAUCCUUCCACAAAGCCGUAGGCAAGUACAGUACUAGAUUUUUUUUCUUCAUUUUCUUUUCUAUUUUUUGGGUGUGCAUUUUAUCAUUUCUUUUUUAAGUUUUGGGUUGUUCAUUUGGAUGCAAAUAAUAAUGGUUUCUCUAGGGAACAUAAUUUUGGGUUCAGGUCACCUGCUAGACUGAUUAGAUAGUUUUCAAGGGUGUUUGUUUACUGUAUGACAUCUGAAUUGAUGUUUUAAGCCUCAGAAGCUCCCGCACACCAACUUGCUGAAGGUUUUCUAAUCCGAAUUCAUAGGAGUACUUUUUAGGGGGCAUAUGAAUUCUUUUAGCUUUGGACCUAAAGCCCUCCGGAGACAGGGCGGUUGAAGUGGCAGUGGCAGUCUGCCGUCUCUCUGUUCUUCAUACUGGUGAUUUUGUUAGGUGAGAUUCCUAUUCGUAUGGGGUGAGUAAUUAGAUGAAUACCAAUGAUCUAUUUCCUAACCUGUCUCUUCUUAUUAAAUCU